AUGGCCAGCCCUCCAGACUACCGUGCGCUGUGGUUGCAGUCACAGGAAGCGCUAGGCCGGGCGGAGGAAGAGCGGCGGCAGGCGCAGGAAGAGAGAAGGCAGGCAGAAGAUGAGCGGGAUCGAGAGAGAGAACGAACUCGUGAUACGACCUUCUUGGAGUUCCUUGGCCUCUGUCAUAAUAUCUUCUCCGUCUCGCUAAGAGUUGGGUCACCAGCCCGCUCUACCAAGGGAACAAUAAACCCACCGAUAGGGAAGUCUUGCCCGGUGCAAUUUUUACCCUGGGAAGACUGCGAUGCCCAACAGCAGAAGAUUCACAGCUCUGUUUGCAUGUAUCUACAGCCCCAGGGAGAACCUGCACCACGGCUCUUUGCCUCGCGUCAUGCUCUAGACCAUCUUGGACAAGUUUUCAGCAACAGGGCGUUAAGUAGUGAAAAAGACCUGGAAGGCUAUGAAAGGUUUGGAGUGGAAAACCAUGUUUACAAAAUUAUCUCCGAGCUCUGCAAGAUACCGGGUGCUCGCGCUGAAUUUGAACUGGGCGAUGGCGUCUGGUUUGAUAACCAUGAUAAUGACCUUGACGUAACUGGUGAUAACGUCGCUCAGAAGUCAGAUAUAUAUCCCUCGAGACCGGACCAAUUUUGCAUCCAUCGAGUCAACGGUGAGACAAGCCAUAUUGUGACAACGGUUGAAUACAAACCACCUCACAAGCUCUCAGUCGAGAAUCUUCGUUCUGGCUUAAAGCCGAUAAGGUUUUGGGACGAAGUAGUCCGCUCUGACUCUGUUCCAAUAGAUAAGGAUGAGAAAUUAAAAUAUAAUGCACUUGUGCUGACUGGUUCAGCCAUUGCGCAAGAAUACCAUGUUAUGCUUCAAGAGGGACUUGAGUACUCUUACUUGACUAAUGGAAUAGCCCUGGUUUUGCUGCGUGUUCCGCGAGAUACACCCGAGAUCGUAUAUUACCGUCUUUGUGAGCCAAACCUCGUUAUCCGUCCUGGCAUCAAUGAUCAUUUACAACAGCCUUUGACUACCAUUGCACGAGUGCUUUGUCUCUGCCUGAUGAGCUUUCGCGCGCCGGUUCGUGACCAGGCAUGGCGACACUUUGCCAAAUCACGGGUACCAGAGUGGAAGACGAGUUUUGACCACGCACGCUCCCAAAUCCCAGAUGAAGAAUUACGGGAAAAUCCACCAGAUUCAGAGUACGUUUCACCAGAAAGCACGGGUGAACGUACUGUCUCAGAUUAUAUACCAUCAUCAUCAUCCUUUGAAGAAACUGCGGAACAGGGUCAGAUGGAGACUAGGUCCCAGACUCGAUCCCGAGCUCAAUGCAGGCCAGAUACAGCCCAAAGCAAUGAGCCUUCAGACCCUAACAUCGAUCCAGAUAGCGGUCCCAGCGGCCGAAAACGUGGUUUCAGUGAAUUGACAACCUCCUCGUCAUCCCAGUCGGCGAACCAAUCGCCGCGGCAGACAACCGAUACUGGACAAAGUGAAGGUGGCCAUUACCAACACAAUGCUCAAUUCUGUACGCAGAAAUGCCUUAUCGGGCUGAAGCUUGGGGGUAAACUAGAUGAGAGCUGUCCAAAUGUAGCACUUCAUCGAAAGACUAAAGACAAUGAUAGCCACUCCAUUGACGCCAAAACCCUCGUUCAAUUAAUUAACCAGCAGCUGGAUAAGAACCUCGACAUCGACUGCACCCCCAUAGGAAAAUGCGGAACCACCGGCGCACCCUUCAAAAUUACCUGCACUGAGUAUGGGUAUACCGUCGUCGGCAAAGGGACCACAACUCAUCUCUGGGGCGUGGUAUCCCGAGAAGCAGAAAUAUAUAGUUUUCUAAAGCAAGCACAAGGCUCAGCGAUACCCGUCUUUCUCGGCACCAUCGACCUUGCCAUGACCUACUACUUACAUGGAGCUGGAAGGAUCCGACACAUGUUACUCAUGGGCUGGGCAGGUGAACAUAUUGACGGGGAAAAUGUCGACAAAGUUAUUAAACGAGAAGUUGCAAGGUCCAAGAAAGAGAUUCGUUGUUUGGGGUUAUUGCAUGGGGACCUUCGCUGGCAAAAUAUCCUAUGGAAUGCCGAGCUCAAUCGGGCACUUAUUAUCGACUUUGACUCUUCCCAGAUGGACCCGCGGCUUUUGAAGAAGCCACCAAAACAACUUAAACGAAAACCGAGUAGGCUAAAGGGUGCUUUAUCAGAGAAGGUUAAUCAUGGGGAAGUGAAGAAUGAGCGGAAACGACUUCGUGUGCUUUGA